UGUGGGCGGAACGAUUCAGGAAGCGGAAGACUAAAAAGUGUGGUUUGUUUUGUCAGGUAGUUGUGUAUGCUUGAUUAAGAAUAGGUGUAUUGUUUUCAUUUUACUAUCUUAACACAAACUUUGUUAGAAAUGGCUCUACCACCGCAGUUAAAAUCCAUCCAGCACCAUCUACGAACGGCACAGGAACACGAGAAAAGGGACCCAGUUGUGGCUUAUUACUGUCGGCUCUACGCUAUGCAGACCGGCAUGAAGCUGGACAGUAAAUCACCGGAGUGCCGGAAGUUUCUGGUGAAGCUGAUGGAUCAGCUGGAAACGAUGAAAAAGGAGCUGAGCGACAACGAGUCCGUCACCCAGGAGGUCGUCGGCAACGCCCAUAUCGAAAACUACGCCUUAAAAAUGUUUCUGUACGCUGACAACGAGGAUCGAUCGGGACGGUUUCACAAGAAUAUGAUUAAGUCGUUCUACACCGCCAGCCUCCUGCUCGACGUCCUCUGCGUCUUCGGCGAGCUGUCGGAGGAGAACGUCCAGCACAGGAAGUAUGCGCGGUGGAAGGCGACCUACAUCCACAACUGCCUGAAGAACGGCGAAACCCCGCUGUCGGGGCCCAUCGCCAUGGAAGGGGAAGCAUAUGACGACGACUUUGGCUACGAGGCCGGGACGUCCUCCAUGCCCUACCAGCCUCCCGCCUCCUCCCAGGGGCCCGGUCCGGCGGGGGGCACGGGCACCAUGCCGCACGCCAACUUCAACAACAUCCAGAUCCCUCCCGGCGCCCACGCGCCCGCCAACACUCCCGCCGAGCUUCCUCCGCCCACAGACCCCGUCAAGCCAGUACCUGCCCCCCGGGGCAUGCCCACGGUCGACCCCUCGCUUCUGAAUGCCAGCCAAGAGGGUGACAUCCGGCUCACCGCCGAAGACUUCACCCGGGCCCAGAAGUACUGCAAGUACGCGGGCAGCGCUCUGCAGUACGAGGACGUCGGCACGGCCGUCCAGAAUCUGCAGAAGGCCCUCAAGUUACUCACCACCGGCAAAGAAUGAGGCCUUUGUGUGCCCCGGGCCGCCACUGUAUCGCCCAUCUGGCCGACAGAACUAAGCGUCCAUCGCUCCCCGCCUCGGCUGCCCCAGAAGAAAAGCAAUUCUGUCCAAGCCCACAAAAUCACUGUAAACAACAAUAGCAUCUGUGUCUCUGCUGUGUGUGUGUCGGCUGCCCUCGGUAGCCGCCGCUCGCUAGCCCAUUUACCGUUGAGGAGAACCGCGGAAACAAAGCUUUAAGGCUCAUCGGAAUGCAUCUUCCGCCCCACAUUGUAAUCUAUAUGCAGGUAGCAAAGCCCCAGAUUCAUUCUGUCCAACACACUACAUUGGCCCGAAAUGUAUAUAAUACUUUCAAGCAAAUAUUAGUAUUUCUAUUAUUAACAUUGACCACACAACUCAAGACAAAGUGCUAUGGUAAUCCUUUAAAAAAUAAAAACAACAAAAAAAACUGAGUUUGCCUAAAUUUGUAAAUUAAAAGUGUGGGAAAAGUCCCGCAAUGGUUAUAUUGAAUCUGGGCUCAAGUUAAGUCACAGGUUCACGCUUUUAUGGAAAGAAUCCUCAGCUUGCUUAUAUGUUUUUGAAACAUGCAGGGGCUUCAGCAUAAGUAGGCAUUUUAGGCUUUCUCCUAUUCUGACCCUAUCAUAUCCCAUACUGGUUUAAAUAAAAAAAUCACCUGCAUUUGGAAAAAAUUAUUUUAUCUAUUUACUCCUUGUGUUUUCCUACUCUGUGGUGAAAGGACUAUGCCAACUCAUUACUUAACACAUUGGGCAAUUAAAAUAUUUAAAUGAACACUAAUUGGUUGAGUGAAAUGUUUUUGUGCAUCUUUCAAUCUCACCUUUUUUAAUAUUUUGAUUUGCCGUUUAGUAGCUUUGAAGGGGCCGGGUUAAAAAAAGAGAGUACUGUUCUUCCUUAAUGAAUAAUCAGUUUUCUGUUCAUGAAAAUAAUCGUUAAUUAAAUAUGAGUUGCUGCAAGAGGAGUUGUGAAUAAACAUGAAAUGCUGAAA